CUUAUAGAGCAGCAGGGUUACUUACCCUGACAAAAAAGCCUGUGCAGUCUCUGGAUGGCACCGGGAGGGUCUGAGUGUCACACCGAGCGAACGGCGCCGCUUCGCUGUCCGUUAGAUGAACUUUAAACGGUAAAAAUCCCGACAACAAAAUGAUUUCUGGAAUGCACGAAACUAGGAGAGGAAGCGAAGGAGGAGCUCUGCUGGAUUUCAUCCAAAGGCACAGAGCAGCCCCUCUCUCUCUCUCUCUCUCUCUCUCUCUCUCUCUGUCUUUCUGUCUCUCUCUCUCCAGUAAACACAUUCCCUCACGCAGCGCUCUCUGGGAAACGAGAAGCUCUGGAGGCGCGUCAAGCACCAGAAGUGCUCAACAGAAGACAUAACUUGUAAGGAAGGAUAAACCUAAUAACUUUUAGUGAGAAAACAAGGUGAUGGCAGUGUCGGUCUCCAGGGAUCUAACAGUUCAGGUGCUGGAAGAUGUGAAUACUGUCAAGCUGACUGACAGACAACAGGCACUGCGAGCUGCUAUCCAGAGAGGAGAGCCCAAAUGUCUGGGGGUGAGUCAGGUGAUGCUGGGCUUGAUGGUCAUGUCGUACUCCAUUCCUCUGCACUUCACUGAGCUCACUGAGGUGGUCAGUCUGGGAGUUCCCUGGUGGAGCGGCCUGAUGUUCAUCACAGCAGGAGUGGCUGCCAUCGUCCUGGACAAACACUGCACCAUGAAGUUUCUGCAGGUGUGUUUGAUGGUGACUGUGGUGUCCGUUGUGCUGUCAGUGGUGGCUGUGAUCAUCUACUCUGUGGACAUGGAAAAGCAUCCUGAGGUGCCCUGUGUCAAGACGAUACACGACAGCUGCAACGACAGACACUACGCCACGAGACUGAGCAGAGGGUUGAAGUCAUCUCUCCUUGUCUUCACUCUGGCCCAGACUAUCAUCUCUGCCGUUCUCUGCUUCCUUCUCUUCAGACAGAGACACAGCUUCGGGCAGUAUGCUUCUCUCACUCAAGCUGCUCCAACUACCCCAACAACUGUUAUACCCCCUGACUUCAACUGAUCAAUCACUGGACCAACAGUCACCAAGGAGACAGAUCACUUCUCAUUAAGAUGAUUCACGUGUUGUGUUAAGACCUAAUCAUUCAUCGUCUUGAAUUUUUUUCUAUUUACUUGUAUCUAUGACUUAUUCACUGUCCUACCUGGCAUGUCGACACCAGGUUUUUUUCAUCGGUGUCGAUCACUGUCAUCAUUUCAGUCGAAUGGUUCAAACCUUGAACCAAUGAACACCUGACCUGUAAUAAAUACAUUUAAAAAAGAAGCAAAUGAUGGCAGGAACCAUACCUAAACACUGUUUAAGUAUGACAUGAUGACGAAUGUAUUGAAUGUGACACAAGAUAAAUGCUUCCCAAUAAUGCAGCCAACUUUCUGGGCCGAAGAGGCUUUAAAGUGUAGCAGUGUGCAGGAAGUGGCUGCAGGUGCACAGUGUACCCGGGUCACAGAUGGCAAGGUCAGGAAGAGCCUGUCAUGUACCCCACAUAACUGAUUAUAUAAGUAGCCAUCUUUUACAACACACCUGAACCGUCUUCAAGUAAAACAUGCUUUAAAAGUUGUGUAGAGAUCAAGUGUAACUGUGCAUUCUGCCAGUUCAGCAUUUUGGUUAGCCGAUUCACAAAAAUCUUGUCAAAAAGCUUACAGAGCACUUAAAGCAGUCACAGAAGUUAAAAUCUAACUUGAAAUCUCGACCAAAAUCCACCAAAGAAAAAGAAAAUAGAGCCGUCUCUUGCAAUUGUGAUUUUUGUAUCUCGUAACUGUGAGAAAAAUUGUGAAAAAAGAACUCACAGUUGAAAGAUCCUGAUUUUGUAAUCAUGUGAAAAGGACGGGCAAGCAACAAGAAUGUUCCCCAAACUGCAUGAGCAAGAAGCCUCACCGCAUCUAAGGAAGAAGCUUUAGUUUGAGAGGAAGACACUUUGUUGUUCCCACGGACACACAAACCCUCUCGUGGCCUAUUGCAGCCUUUUGUCCUCACAAUGUUUGACCAGGAGCAUAUAAAGUAUCGUGCACUGUUGUAUUUGUUUGACACCAUGUUCACGUAGUACUAUAAAAAAAUAUAUAUUCAUGCAUUUUGUACUAACUAUGACAAUACUUACUAUUGUUGUUUAUUUUAUACAAAAUAAAAUCAUAUGUUCAUAAAUAUGAAUGAAA